UUUAACGAAUUCCUUCUAUCUACGACAAAACCAAGAAUCGCUCAAUCUUAUAAGGAGUUCAUACAAACGAAGUGUCUAUAUUCACAUCAUCGUAUUGUAAUGACCCAUGGCGACUUCCACCCGAGGAACAUCCUAGCAGAGCUUCAUGAUGGGCAGAUUCUGGUAAAGGGUAUUAUUGAUUGGGAGGCUGGAGGCGCAUACCCAGAAUACUGGGAGUACGUGAAAUCCCUCAAUACCAUGUCUUCUGUUGAAGAAGAUGAUUGGUGGCGUUAUUUGCCCGUGCUAGGGAUGGGAGAGUAUUGCAAUGAAUGGGCGGCGGACAUGUUGCUUGAGACGCUAAUUACAUGA